CCUUUCUUUAUUGUAGAUAUGACCUUCAGCAAGUUGGUUCAAUUGCACACGCAAAGCGAAUUUCCGUAAUACUCCUUCACACCAUUUGGUUCAAAGACUCCAUUCAUCUCAUCUUACCGGACCUCCUCUCAAAUCAAUAAUAUUUGGGAUUCUCUCUCUCCCUUCCUUCAUCCUUCACUUCCAGGACGUACCUACAUGACCAAUACGAGAUGCCGUAAACAUUCAGGGGAGGAUUGACGGAUUCAGGGAUGGGUUUGCGACCAAAUUGCAAUUGCUCUACAAAAAGUCGCCUUUCGCUAUCGUCCGGAUUUUCCACGUGAUUAUGGGACCGGGGUCAACAUCUCGAUCGUUCAUGCUCAGCAGCGCUAGAGAGAGAGAGAGAGAGAGAGAGUCACGCUCUGAGACGCAGGCGACGACUUGGACGUCCGUCGCCGGGGCUCGGAAAUCGGCCGUCCGCGCUGAUCAGAAGCUAUGGCGUGCGGGGAAGGUCUGAAUUGCCCCGAGCUCAGUCAGAAGCAGGGGACUAUGGCAGGCAGAUGGCAACCUCGGGGAGGUUCAGAAUCUGGAGGCCUGAAAGAUGAAACGGACAGUGCGUGCGUGAUGAUGCAACGCGUCUUCAGGCGCGUGCGAACGACGCACCCGGCGCGUGAAGGUCCGCGCGCGACAGGACGAGCACUGUCGCCUCGCAUUCUGCCUCGGAGCUCUCGUCCGGACCCGCGCCUGCGGCCGGCUUUGUACAAGUACGCCACUCGCCGAGUUCUUUCUCAGCUGCUCGACUGGAACCUCAAGGUAGGUGCGUCUCACGCUCGCUGCUCUGUCUCUCUAUCUGUCUCUCUGUGUCUCUCGCUUUUGGAUUUGGUCCUGCGCUGCCUGGGGUCGACGCUGCGGGUUUUCUUUUCCUGUGUGGUUGCUCGGAGCUUUGGAGUGGAAUUUCGAUGAGCCGACCGGAAUUGACGAACGAAAUGGGUCCCUGAAGUUUGGAACAGAGGAACUCGAGGAUAGAUUGGCGAUCGAGGAUUUAGAUAGAAGGGUUUCAGGAACUGGAGCUAAUUGAAUUUUAGACAGGACCACAACAGAGGAUUUGAUUCUGCGACACACUUAAGUGGAAAUACGUCAUGACAGAUAAGGGUAUGGGGUCACAUGGUCACGGGUUUCCUGGUUAUCCUCCCGGAGGAUACCCCGGAGCUCCACCCUACGGGGCUCCUCCUCAAGGUUACCCGCCUUAUGGAGCUCCACCUCCUCAAGGUUAUCCUCCUCCUCCUCAAGGUUACUAUGCUCCUCCCCAGGGAGGCUAUCCCCCACCAGCGACUGGGUACCCCGCCCCAUCUGGCUACCCACAAGCCGGACACCCUCCACAUGGAUCUUACCCUGCUCCUUACCCUGCCCCGUACCCCUCCAGCCACGGAGGACAUGCGCCCAGUGGUUACCCUGUUGCACCCUAUGGCAUCAUGCCAAUGAUGGGAGGUCAUGGAGGUCACAAGGCAGGCAAAGUUCAUGUUGGCUCUCAUGGUCACAGUUCUCAUGGGCAUUACAAGCACGGGAAGCAUAAGAAGUACAAAGGUCACAAGUUCGGCAAGAAGUAUAAAGGUGGCUACAAGGGCAAGGGAUGGAAAGGAAAGAAAAAGUAAUCUGAAGUCCAUUUGGGUCUCUUCUUCGCUUACAAGCAAAGGCACACAGACUGGGACAGCCAGUCAUUUCGUGCGCUUCCAAAGCCGAUGCUUGAAAGCUUCCGAACUGGAUGGUAUACAUGCGAGUUGUGAAGUAUCAGUGUUUGGAUGCUGCACCCGGCAAUCUGGGCUGGUAGCCACUCUAGAAAUUCAUUCAGCGUUUGUAACAUGAUCUAGGACACAAAGUUAUAUGAUGAGGACACUUGUGUGUCCAAUGGCUACUAUUCUCAGCUUGUAGAUAUGCAGUUGUCCUAUGUCCAUUUGCCACACUAGAUGAGGAGGUUCCGUCACUUGUGUGCACAGUAGAGGUCACUCCAAAAUCAAAAUACUAUGUUUCUAUUAAUCUGGUGGAUAGCAGAUAUACAUAUUUGGGGUCCUGUGCUCUUGGCUAUUGCACAUUGCAGAGUGCAGGGUUGGUUCACAUUUCUUGUUAAACGAAGUAGUGAGUCCCGUCUAAAGAAACUCGCCCACGUGGUCACUUUCAUGAAACUUCGUUAUCCUGAAACGUUCAUUGACAAAUCUAUUCAUCACUGUCGUGGCUGUCGUCAAAU